AUGGCGGCUCCCGUCCCCGGCGCCAGCAUCCACCGGUCCCUCCGAUCCAGCAAGUACAAAACGAUCCAGAAGCAGGCGGGCGUGCCUCACGCCUCCGUCCUCCUCAGCCCUGCACCUGACUGCUCCCCAACUCAACAGGAGACCGACAUCCAGAGGUCCCAGGUCCUCCACCCCCAGCCACGGAGCCUGGAUCCAACCCCGACGCAGGGGGCAGCCACCAAAACUCGGAAAGGUAUUCUGGGAAGAGGCAAAAAGACAGUAUCUGGGAGCCGAAGUCGGCCAAGCGCCGGCGGCAGGGGAUUGUGGGAAAAGAUGGCGGCCGCCGUUCACCCCCGAGUUGUCCGGGCCCUGCCAAUGUCACGUCGCAUGGGGUCACAAGUGAUCGUCCCCUACCGGGGUGAGCCAUAUGAUACCAUGCACCUUCGCCCCAUGGGUGACCUGGGCCAGAUUAUCUUUCUGGAAUGGAAAGGGAGAGACAAGGACUCCAUCCUAAGAGCUGUGGAGCACAGCAACGUGGUCAUCAAUCUCGUUGGGCGAGAAUGGGAAACCAAAAACUUUGAUUUUGAGGAUGUUUUUGUAAAGAUUCCCCAAGCAAUCGCUCAAAUGUCCAAGCAAGUUAGAGUUGAAAAUUUUAUUCACGUUUCAUAUCUGAAUGCCGAUAUUCAAAGCCCUUCUAAAUAUCUGAGAAAUAAGGCUGCUGGAGAGAGAGAAGUGAGAGACACAUUUCCAGAAGCUACCAUCAUAAAGGCAUCGGACAUCUUUGGAAGAGAGGAUAGAUUCCUCAAUCACUUUGCAAGUAUUCAAGGGUUUGGUGUUGUCCCUCUUUUUCCUUGGGCAAGAAGACAGUGACAACCAGUAUAUAUUGUGGAUGUCACCAAAGGAAUUGUUGACGCAGUUAAGGAUCCAGAUGCCAGAGGGAGAACUUUUGCCUUUGUUGGGCCCAGUUGGUACGUCCUCUUUGACCUGGUACAGUACGUCUUUGCCAUGGCUCACAGACCCUUCCUGGCAUACCCUUUGCCACAUUUUGCAUAUCGAUGGCUAGGUCGACUCUUUGAAAUGAGUCCGUUUGAGCCCUGGACCACGAGGGAUAAAGUGGAGCGAGUUCACAUCACAGACAUGACCCUGCCUCACCUGCCCGGCUUGGAAGACCUGGGUAUACAGGCCACGCCCCUGGAGCUCAAGGCCAUCGAGGUGCUGCGGGGUCACCGCACGCACCGCUGGCUGUCUUCUGAGAUUGAAGAUGUGAAGCCGGCCAAGACAGUCACUGUUUCGUGGCCCCUGAGCUGCCCUUGGUUUUUGAUGUCAUUCAGGUCACUAGCGACCAGACCACCUUUGGCAGAGAAUCCUGUACAUAGUGCAUAAGAGCCCCUAUUAAAACAUCCGAGAUCAAAAAAAAAAAAAAAAAAGACAG